CUUCCCGGGGGCGGGGCGGCCCCUCCCCUCCCGCCUUGUCCCGAGCGCGGGGCCGGCCCGGCGCAGAGCGGCCGCGGGACAUGGACGGGCGCGCUGUGCUCCUGCCCGCGCUGCUGGCGGCCGUGCUCGCGGCGGCGGCGGCCGAGCUGCACAACGAGGUCCUGCAGGAGGAGGGGCGGCGCCCGGGCACGUCCCCGCUGCCCCGCGGCCCCGACAAGGACGGCGGAGCGGCCUCGGGGGACGAACUCAGCGAGCUGCCCAGAGUUGCUUUCCUGUCAAAGCCUCAAAGCCUGGUUACUCCUAAGAAAAAAGGGAACGGGAAUAAAAGAAGAAAAGGCAAAGGUCUGGGGAAGAAGAGAGAUCCAUGCCUGCGGAAAUACAAGGAUUUCUGUAUUCACGGCGAAUGCAAAUACAUCCGAGAGCUGGGAGCUCCCUCCUGCAUAUGCCAGCCAGGAUAUCAUGGAGAGAGAUGCCAUGGCCUGUCACUGCCAGUGGAGCACCCCCCCAGCACAUACGACCACACCACAGCGCUGGCCGUUGUUGCUGUCAUCCUGUCCUGCCUGUGUCUUGUCAUCAUCGCAGCCCUGCUGAUGCUCAGGUGUCACAAGAGGGGUGUCUACGAUGUAGAAAACGAAGAGAAAAUCAAGCUGGGCCUCACCAUGAAUCACUGAGGAUGCUGGGUGCUGGCAAGGUGUCGGCACCAAUGCACUUCUACCUCUUGGAAGAGGCGAGAGCCGUGGAGCCAGCGCCGUCCCUGGGAGGCUGCACAGUGGGGACAACUCGCUGGAGCAGCAGGACAACACCCACCCCAGGGUGGCUGGGCAGCAGCGUGACUGCGAGGAGCUUCGUGGCCAUCUCUGGGACGGAGUGCGCUCAAGAGAGGUGCUCGCCAACUGAGCGGCUGUGCGGGGGCAGAAGGGCUCGCCAGCUGCUCUCUGCCCACUGCGGCGCAUGCCAAGGAACAAACUGUGAAAGGCGAGGAGACUGGGCUUGGGGCUUUCUGAGGCACAGGAGGGGUGGGAGGGUAACGGCUAUUUAACAAGAUAUUUUUCAUUUUAAAUUAUAUAUUUAUUUUAGAUAAACUGUACAUAGUAUUUAUAUUUAUUGUAGGUCUGGCCCUGCAUCC